ACCAUGAGGUACAUGUUGGUAGCGGCGCUGGUCGCUGCAGUAGCGGCUUCCGUCGUCCACGAUGAGCUUCAAAACAUCGUCAUCACCAAGGAACCUAUGGUAAAUUUGGAUGUGAAGACGAAGGAGAGAUGUAUAUUGAAGCUGCUGAACCACAUCCUGCAGCCGACCAUGUACGAAGAUGUUCGGGAGAUUGCACGAGAAUGGGUCAUUGAGGAUAACAUGGACAAAUAUUUGAAAGUGGAAGUUGUUAGACAGUUCGCUAAUGUAUACAAGUUGGGAAUGCUGCCUCGCGGAGAGGUGUUCGUGCACUUGGACCCUAAGCAAUCUGAAGAAGCCAUCCUGGUGUCCAAACUCCUGUACUUCGCCAAAGACUUUGAUGUCCUUCUAAAAACCGCGUGCUGGCUGCGCGAACGCAUCAACGGCGGUAUGUUUGUCUAUGCUCUUACAGCCGCCGUCUUCCAUAGACCUGACUGCAACGGCAUCAAUAUCCCAGCUCCUUACGAAAUACAUCCUUACUUCUUUGUGGACAGUAACAUUUUACACAAGGCUUUCAUGAUGAAGAUGACCAAAGGUGCAGUGGAUCCCGUUAUCAAAAAUUACUAUGGCAUCUCGAUCAAUAACAACAAUCUAGUGAUCGAUUGGCGGAAGGGCCUUCGUCAUACGAUGAGCGAAUUCGACCGUACAUCGUAUUUCACUGAAGAUAUCGACUUGAACACUUACUUGUACUACUUGCACAUGAGCUAUCCUUACUGGAUGACAGAAGACAUCUACAAUGUGAAUAAAGAACGCCGUGGUGAGGUUAUGUGGUACACCUACCAGCAGUUGCUCGGCAGGCUGCGAUUAGAAAGGCUAUCACAUAUGAUGUGUGAUAUCCAACCUCUAAACUUGGAUGGAACUCUCGAGGAAGGGUAUUGGCCGAAGAUUCUUUUACCUACUGGUGAUGAAAUGCCCGUACGUCACAAUAAUUUGGAAAUUGUUAAUGAAAACAAUAUUAAAUAUAAACUUCUUAUUGAAGACAAUGAAAGAAUAAUUCGGGAUGGCAUUAAGAAGGGAUACAUUGUAACGCAUGAUGGUACCAGUAUAUCACUGAAGAAGCCUGAUGAUAUUGAGAAUCUUAGUCGACUUGUACUGGGUGGAUAUUUCUCUAAAGAGGAACAGAAUGGUAGAUGGAGUAAAUUGAGGACCUUACCAGAAAUUUUGUUAUCCUAUGGCACGUACAAUAUGGGCAAAAACACAUAUGUCCCGACCGCGGUCGACAUGUACACGACAGCUCUCCGCGACCCCGGCACAUGGAGGAGCCUUAAACUUAUCUCCGAAUACUUCACUUUGUUUAAAGAAAUGCUACCAAGAUACACUCGUGAGGAAAUCGACUUCCCCGGGGUGAAAAUCGAGCAAGUGUCAACAGACAAGCUCGUCACCAUGAUGGAUGAUUACGACGUGGAUAUCACGAAUGCUCUUUACCUUGACCAGACUGAAAUGAAAAACCAGCGCCCCGACAUGGUGUACGUAGCACGCAUGCGCCGUCUCAACCAUCAGCGAUUCAAAAUAAACGUCGAAGUCGUUUCAGAUAAAGCGGUGGACUCCGUUGUGCGAAUAUUCUUAGGACCUAAAAUGGACUGCAUGGGCCGUUACAUAAGUCUAAACGACAAGCGCAACAGUAUGGUGGAAAUCGACAGUUUCCUGCACAAACUGGAGACCGGCAAGAACACGAUUGUUCGCGAUUCCCAAGACCUAAACAACGUUAUCCAAGAGAGACCUUGGACUCGGCACAUUUGGGAGCGAGCAAUGGACACAAGUGGAGGCGCGAGAACAUUAGAUGGCUGGUGGUACAAAUCUCGCAUUGGAUAUCCUAAUAGAUUGCUGUUGCCAUUAGGCUCGUUAGGUGGAAUAACCUACCAGAUCUUUGUGAUUGUCACUCCCGUACGUACAGGCCUGACGCUGCCGGCUUUGGACAUGAAUAUUGCGAAGGAGCGAAGAUCUUGCCGCUGGUCUGUGUGCAUGGACACGAUGCCCCUCGGAUUCCCCUUCGACAGACCCAUCGAUGAGGUCAAUUUCUACACGAGCAACAUGAAAUUCCAGGAUGUGGUCGUGUAUUUGAAGGAGCCAGUCUCCAAUUCGGUGAAGGAGAUGGACAUGUCAGAUAUGGUUAUGAAGCGUGAUGACCUUAUGUACCGUGACAGGGACUACGUAAAAUUGAUGCAGCGAAGAGACAAGAAUGUCAUGUCGAUGAAUGUUGACAAUGACACUCAUUUGUAAUUCUAUUGUAAUAUACUUAUUUCAUAUGCAUUUAUAUAUUGUUAAAUAGGAUACCAGUAAUAAA